AGUAAAGAGCAACACUGAGGAAAGAGGCUAAAGAAUAAGAGAUCACGGAAUUCGAAAAGUGAACACUUUACUUGGAACCAAAAUGGUGAGCGAGAGUGAAAGUCACCAUGAGGCCCUGGCAGCCCCCCCAGUGACAACUGCUGCACCUGUGCUCCCACAUAAUGCCACCGAACCAGCCACCCCAGGAGGAGGGAAGGAAGAUGCUUUUUCUAAGAUUAAGGAGAAAUUUAUGAAUGAGUUGAAUAAAAUUCCAUUGCCACCGUGGGCCUUAAUAGCCAUAGCCAUAGUUGCAGUCCUCUUAAUCUUGACCUGCUGCUUUUGUAUCUGUAAGAAAUGCUUAUUCAAGAAGAAGAACAAGAAGAAGGGAAAGGAAAAGGGUGGGAAAAAUGCCAUAAACAUGAAAGAUGUGAAGGACUUGGGGAAGACCAUGAAAGAUCAGGCCCUCAAGGAUGAUGAUGCUGAAACUGGCUUGACUGAUGGAGAAGAAAAAGAAGAACCAAAAGAAGAAGAAAAACUAGGAAAACUUCAAUACUCUUUGGAUUAUGACUUCCAGAAUAACCAGGUGCCCUACUCGGAAUUGGGAGGGAAAACGCUGGUGAUGGCAGUCUAUGAUUUUGACCGUUUCUCCAAGCAUGAUAUCAUCGGGGAGUUUAAAGUGGCCAUGAAUACCGUGGACUUUGGCCAUGUGACUGAAGAGUGGAGGGAUUUGCAAAGUGCUGAGAAGGAAGAGCAAGAGAAGUUGGGUGAUAUCUGUUUCUCCCUCCGCUAUGUACCCACUGCUGGCAAGCUGACUGUCGUCAUCCUAGAGGCAAAGAAUCUGAAGAAGAUGGAUGUGGGUGGCUUAUCGGACCCUUAUGUGAAGAUUCACCUGAUGCAGAAUGGCAAGAGAUUAAAGAAGAAAAAGACCACGAUUAAGAAGAAUACUCUGAAUCCCUACUAUAAUGAGUCUUUCAGCUUUGAAGUCCCCUUCGAGCAAAUCCAGAAAGUGCAAGUUGUGGUAACUGUUUUGGACUAUGACAAGAUUGGCAAGAACGAUGCCAUCGGCAAGGUCUUUGUGGGCUACAACAGCACCGGCGCGGAACUGCGACAUUGGUCAGACAUGCUGGCCAACCCCAGGCGACCCAUUGCACAGUGGCACACCUUACAGGUGGAGGAGGAGGUGGAUGCCAUGCUCGCCGUCAAGAAAUAA